AGUUUUCAAGUUUAUGGAAUGUUGCGAAUAUGAACACAAUUUCAUUUCAUGAUGACAGCUCACCAACGGUUUUGAUCAUUUUUGAAAGUAUUUCACUAAUUUUAGUUGUUUUGUUACAAAUAAAAUGCUUAAAAGCUUUAUAUUUAAGCGGUAUUAGUGUUUCUUAAAGUGUUAAAUAUGGAAGCCAACGAUUUUGUUGCAAAAUUAAAGGCAAACGGGAAUAAUGAAGAUAUGUGUGACUUGAGCACAGUUUUUGAUGAAUACAAGGCGAUUUUGAGUGGUUUAGGUACUAAAGAUAAAGCACCCUUCUCCUUGAAUGUCCUCUGCAUACUCUGCAGGAACAUCGACAAAGUUCCAACAUGGCGGGACCGUAUCGAUGCCAAGCUACUGCUAGAACUGAGCAUCAGCUGUGUGCGAGAGACCAGGUGCUCCGACAAGCCAGACCGAGUCAAGACGUUGGCGUGUAUUUAUCAUAUCCACAAGCAUGCUGUCAAAGUGCACUCAACAAUCCCACCAGAGCUUAUUCUCAAACUAUCAUUUAUGCCAUUCGAAUACGACACAAAACAUUUGCUUCACGAAUACAGCAAAACGUACUGGAGUAUACUCAUCGACCGUAUCACGUUUAUGGAGAAACUCAAACCAAAGAUCAAUCUGAUGAAACUGCUGCCAAAACUCAUUGAUGACACCGUCAAAGUUAUCCAAAUAUUUGACACUGUUCAGCUAUGUGUGAAUAUAUUAACGUUUCUGGUAAAGAAACUUCAUUUUUUGUAUAACGAUUUAAAUUCCAAAGAACUGCACAAUGUUUUUAGACAAAUAUUCCAAAGUAUACAAGCGAAGACAGAUUUGAGUUCGUUUAGAAAGUUGAAAGAGAAAGAAACGAUGGAUUUGUAUCAGAAAUAUAACGAUUGCUUUUAUGUAAUCGCUGAGAAUGCUUCGAAGUUCCAAUUCAAAGGUUGCAGUCUGACUUUGGUUGCUGAAACUGCCAGGAGUUGGUUCGAACACAAUCCUGAAGUUUUAAAUUGCAUUGAUACUUUUUAUUUGAAUGGAUUUUGUAAAAUAAUCGAAAACACAAACGAAGCUUCUACAGUUGAGAGUACCUUAAACCAAAUUUUAGCUGCGUUUGUCAGUCAUGAGAAACUUUAUGAAAAAGUAAUGAAAGUAACGUAUCCAUUUUUGAACCAAAUCGUCCGGCUACUCAUUGACAAUGCUGUAACAAUCGCAGAUUGGUCUCAAGUCUUCAAUCCCAAGAUUCAGUACAGCUAUCUAAAUGUGAUCAUGUAUCUUUCAACGAAGAAAAGCGAUCAGUUUUUGAAAUGUGACAACUGCAAGGUCAAAUCAGGUCUCCACGACACCCUACGCUUGCUAUUCUUAAUCAAGCACUUUCCAUACAUAUCUAUCGCUCAAAAUAUGGACGUGAAACCUAUACUACCAAUUUACUACAAACUAGUAACAAUUCAACACAAAGUAUUGCAAGAAUUACGAGCAUUAGGUUGUGCAAAUCACGAGAAGUGCUUCAGAAAGCUUCAAACGGACAUCCAUAAUACAGCAAUAACGUUGAACAAGGCUCACUACUACGAAUACUCGAUAAAACUCUUCAAUUUGUACGUAGAAUUGGAGAUUCGUCAUUUUAAAGACACUAGUGACUUGAAGAAUAUUAGCAGAGCGCUGUACAACAAAAGUAUAUGCGAACUGGAUUAUAAAUUAUAUGAAGACGCUUUAAAAGAUGCAUAUUUGAGCUUGCUUUUCUCGCUGCCAGAUGGCUUGAAGACGGAGAAACAUAUGAGCUUAGUGAUGGAUAUAAAAGCGAAAGAAUUGAAGUCGAAAACUAACGAGGAAGAUAACAAAGACGAAUUCCAGCUGUUUUCGGUUUUAGAAGUAUGUAAAAAGGUGUUGGAAGAGAAAAAGUACGGGAAUUUGAAACCUUUUGUUUGCCAUUUGAAGUUUAGCGAACUCCUAAGGCACGAAUUCUCAAUGUACGCCAAGUUAUGGCCUUCCAUAGUGCCAAUAGCGGGCGUAUGGAAAUCCCUCCAUAGUCUACUGAAGAACGAGCACGAAUCUUGGUGUAAAGCUGUUAAGCCCGGUUCUCACUACCGGUAA